CGCUAUUUAGAGUCUUGUUCGGCGCGCCGCAGGGGAUAUGGCGUCUGGUGUUCUGUCUGCUAGUCGGCGGAUGACGGCGGCUGGGAGCAGACGAUGGUCCAGACUAGGAGUAGUACGGAGCCUGUUUGGUGCCGGCGGCAAGGAAGGAGGAGACGGGAAGCAAGCAAAACGGUCUGUGACGAGGAAUCCAUUAUACCCCAUACUUGCCUCAAUCUUUACUGCAGAACCCCGAAAAUCCGUAUCGACAACUUGGCAGACAUGAGUGAACUGAGGCGAACAGGAGGGAAACAAUGGCAGGCUUCUGAUUCGGUCACAUCAGCUGAGCUUUUCCUCCUCUCCCUCCUCUCCCUGCCACUAGAGGUCUCUCCCCUGUUCCCCUCUCUCUCCGGUGUCACCCUCUCUGGACACCCUACCACGUUGCCAGGCAACCUCCUCGGGAAUGUGUCUCUCGUCUCUGUCUUUAUGAGAGACUAUGGAAAGUCUCUCUGUGAAAAGUACAGCAGACCUUAUAUGGUCUCCUUUGGCCAGCAACCAGACACAGCUGUCUUUGAGCUAUCUCUAAUAGACAUGUGGAUGUACAGACUAAUGUCGAAAUGGAUGACCAGAAACCUUGCCAAGACCAUGUCACCUGACAAUCACGACUACUUUAUGCUACACUCUGGAAAAGACGUGCCCGAGAUUAGGGAAACCCUGCAAUUAAGGAACUCUAUGAUUGGCUAUGUGUUUUUGCUGGACAGGGAGGGAAGAAUACGGUGGAAGGCCCACGCCUCGCCCACAGAAUACGAGAUAGAGUCUCUGCUGCGUUGCUCGCAACAGCUGUUGGAAGAAGAAAGACAUUAACGGUGUACCGUAUAUCACUCUCAUCUAAUUAUCCGUCAUCUGUUAAAUUUAUAAACGUAAAAUGGCGUCGUGAAAAAUUUGAGCGCAGAGACUGGAUUUUAGCUCGUAAGCGCUGUUCCAGCAUGCCCAAGGGUCGCCAGGGAAAGGGAGGGAGAGGGAAGGUGGCGGCGACAGAGAAAAAGAAGGAGAGGGCCGUGCGGCGCGCGCUCAGGAGGGAGCGCGCGGGGGGAGCGUAUUUACAGCCAGGGGACCCGGAUUUUAAGAGUUUUUCCAACCAACUGGCGGUCCAGGGUCUUCGUCUUGAGGACGUUCCCGCCGACGGUAACUGCUUGUUCCGAGCACUGGCAAACCAGCUCAGAGAACCCAGAGUCUCUCACUAUUCUCUGCGAAGAGAAGUUGUUCAGUACAUGAGGCAGAACCGUCACCAGUUUGAGGAAUUUCUAGCCGAAGAAGACGAUAGUUAUGAGGAAUAUUUGAGGCAGUUGGGUCAAGAUGGGAAGUAUGCAGGUAAUGAUGCCAUAGUUGCCUUCUCAAGGGCUUUCUCUGCUAAUGUCGUGAUUCACCAACUCAACUGCCCUCGCUGGGAGAUUCUGGCCCCACCCACUGCCACACCCACUUUGUCAAGGCAACCGCCAACACUCCACGUUGCGUAUCUAAAUGGAGAGCACUAUUGUUCAGUUCGCCCGCUGACCAGCGACUGUGCAUUACCUCAUCCCAAAGCUUCGUCCCCUGCCAAUUCAGGACGGAGUUCCCUGGAGACUGGUGCUGUUGGUGGGGAGGCUUUGGGGGGUGUAACCACUGCUGCUGGUUCACCGCCAGGGAGGGGGGAGGAGAAGUGGAGGCGGGAGGAGAUGGGAAGGGGGGAGGAGAUGGGGAGGGAGUUACAAACACUUUUAUCUGCAACAGGCUGCGAGGAUCCCUCCCUGGCCUGGCGAGUUCUCUCAGACAGUAGUCACGAUGUUGACAUUGCCGUAGUAGGACUUCUACAACUGAUGGAGCUCAGUGGUGGAGGAGAAGAUGAUGAAGCUGACACGGUGAAGAGCGGUAGUGGGAGAUGUGAACAAGCUCCUCCACAGUCGUCGAAUGCCACCGGCAACGAAAAUAAGAAAAAUCCAGCCAAAAAAGCAUAUCAAGUCCCGCAAAAGGGCCACCUCUCUAACAGAGAAAGGAAGGCACUUGCAAAGGCCGAGAGAAAGGAGAGGAGGAGAGAGGAGAUUGGGAGCGGGAAGAAAGAAGUGACCACAGGGAAACUGGACCCAGUUGGUGCCACUGCGAUAUAA